AUGAGGUUUUUGGGAAUAACGGUGAGCUCUCUACUAUUGUCGGUGGCCUUCGCGCAGUACGGAGCUCCAGCUGCCGCGCCGCCAGCUCCCGGCUACGGUGAUCAGCAACAGGAUGCGCCUGUCGUCGCCGCCGCUCCUCCACAGAUCACUUGGGGCCAAGCGAACGUGCCCGUCUUCCAACUUCCGGCACUUCACGAAUUCUUAUUCCGCCGUCGCCGCCACCAUAGCUCCAGCAGCUCCAGCAGUGGAUCCGGAUCGGGAAGCUCCUCUGGCUCAUCCGGAUCCGACUCGGACAGUGGAUCGUCUGACUCUAGCUCUAGCUCCGGAUCGGGAUCAAGCUCAGGAAGCGGAUCGGGCUCUAGCUCAAGCUCGGGAUCAGGCUCUCACUCCGGCUCGUCGGACUCCUCCGACUCGGGAAGCCGUCGCCAUCGUCACAGACAUCAUCGCCGUCAUCACCAUCAUCAUCAUCAUUUCCCAUACGGAGGAUACGGCCAAGGAUACGGCGGAUAUGGAGGUGGAUAUGGAGGCGGAUAUGGCGCCGGAGCUUACCAGCCAUCAGCCUACGGAAAA